AUGGAUUCUACAAUCCAAGUCGCCCCAGAUCUCAGCAUGCCGACAGGACGACAGCUGCUGAGACUUGCUCAUGAUGUGUUCGAACGCAUCUGCCACAUUGCUGUCGACCUUUGCAACACGAUACCAGACACAGCCCAAAGGCGUAAGAGCAGAAUCCGAAAGUUGGCCAAUGAGCUUAGCAUUGCCAGAAGAACAAUUGCUCGUUUGAAUACAAAAUCAAUUUCAAUCGCGCAUCACGACGAGCUGCAAAAUAAGCUCAGGGAGCUGGUCAUUUACAUGGAAAUGCUAUGCCGCUGCGACUGCUUGCAGGGGCCUGGUAGUCUACAGACCGGGCAAUGUCCUAUGCUUUAUACACUGCUCAGUCUCACUACUACUCAACUCCCUGAGUUCGAUCCGAUAACCGAGGGAAUCGAGAACAAAGUUCGGCGGAAUCUUCUUGUCUUUGCUGGCUGGUCGAGAGACCAGCGACAAAUGUACCUGGAAAAGCUCGUGUGUUUCUCUGGACUUGCAAGGGGGGACACACUUCCGUACAAAGAGGGCUGGCCCCGCGAGCAUGAUCACACUUUGAGCGAUCUUUCUCGAAGGAACAAAUCAAUGCUUCAUCGGGCCUUUCUCCGAAAUUUAGAUUGUGAUUGUGAUAAAAGCCACGAGGUGCGAUUGAGCUUGAAGGGCUUUGUUAGCAGAGGCCGAAGCCAUCGAGCAGGUAACAAUACAUCCUUCAAUGAAGAUGUCUUGAUGCGUUCCAUGUCACCAGUCCCGAGUGUCUGGCGAGAUAUUCAGUUCCGUGUCACAAUAGGCACUGGCAAUGCAACACCGCUUGGUCAACAAUCCAUUCCGCUCAAUGCUCGGACGUUUUGUGCUUUGGUCCGUUCUGGACAUGAGCUCAAUUCGAGGUUGCGCCUUGAAGUGAGAAAUUCCCAGUUCCACCAGCUGCAGGGAGUUGAUCCGCACAUGCAAAUGGACCUCUAUCCCAGCCAUUCUCUCCGUGAUAUCUUGCAGACUCAUCGUCUAUCUAACAAGGAUAAGCUUGUUUUGUCCUACAUUAUCGCACGGUCCUUUUGGCAAUACUAUGAUUCACAGUGGAUGAACAGGAAUUGGACAAGUGAUUCUAUUCACUUUUUCUUCAAGCCUCCACAAAAUCUCGAAAGAUUUCCAGGCUCCAUAUACGCAAACGACCCAUACCUUGCAGCUAGCUUUGAGGAGCCUCUUAAGACCUACGACGAAUUCGCUGGAUCAAUUGAUGUCGCUUACAAGUAUCCCAGAGUCUUGGCGCUUUGUACCAUUCUCCUAGAGAUUGUUUGUGGCCCUCAGCUGGAGAGAAACUCACACGAUACGAUCGAGCAAAGGUUCAACGAUCAAUUUGCACAGGCCUUGAGAUACGCUGGAGACAAUAGCGUGUGGCACAGCUUUGAAUACAAGGAGUUUCGGGAAGCUUUGCAGACUUGUCUUGUCAGCAAAACAUUCGACCUUGCCACAACACGCCAUGGUUCUGAGUGGGCUCAUGACCUUGAGCAUAGGCGAAAGAUUUUACAUGACAACUUGGUAUAUCCACUCCAUUCCUUGAUUAGGGGUCUCCGGUUUGAGAGUGAGCUUAUCCGAAUCGAACCUCUGAGCUUGCGGGGUGCUGGCACAGAAAGAAGAGAGGCUUCAGCUUCCAGGGAAUGGAUGGAGGCAAUAUACGAUGCCCAUCUGAGGACCAAAGCGUUGCUUGACCCCUUGCCAACAGGUGAAACAAACACGCGAUCCGUUCGAGUAGCAGUCUUAGAUACCGGCUGUGAUACAUGUGCAGCAUUCUUCCAACCAUUUGAAAGCGCAAGGCAGAUCGCAAAGUGGCGAGAUUUUGCAGGAGAGAGUUCCGAACCAGUAGAUGAGGAGGGCCACGGAACACACUGCACAUCCUUGGUGAUGAAGAUGGCCCCCGAAGCAGAGAUAUACCUGGCGAGAAUUGCAAAGCGCAGGGACGACAUAGCCGACGCUGUAGAAGCGAUAUGCAAUGCAAUCGCAUGGGCUUCUAAUGAAUGGGAUGUCGACAUCAUCACCAUGUCGUUUGGUUUUAACGAACACGUAAGGGAAAUCAGGACAUCUCUGAUAGCGGCCGAGAGGAUGAAGAAGAAUCAACUGUUACUUUUCGCCGCCGCCUCAAACUCGGGUGCCAACCUGCCCGAGAUGUUUCCUGCGUGUUGCGAUUCGGUUAUAUCCAUUCGCCAGACCGACAGGUAUGGAGCAUUCUCGGUGGAAAACCCCCCAAUGAACUUGAGAGACGCAUACGUGUAUGGUACUUUGGGUCGGAGAGUUCCCUCAUCCUGGAGCUUGCCAGAAACGGGCGAGGUCGCAAAGUCGGGGUGUUCAGUAGCCACGGCAAUCGCCGCGGGCAUUGCUACGAUGAUAUUGACACAUGCAACACUAGGCUUUCCAUCAAAUGACUAUCCACCCCCGGAAGUGCAUGGAUUAUGGACGCGGCCUGGAAUGCUGGCCAUGUUUGAGAGGUUAUCUAUCGAGGUAGAGCCUCCGUCUCGCCAGAGGUUCUUGUCUCCUGCAGAAUUCUAUGCAAGAAACGGGAACACAGCAGAAGCAGUACGAGCCUUACUCGAGGAGGUAUCCAAUUCUUACUAG